AUGUUGGAAAAGUUUGUUACCUUGGUCAUCGGAGAUGGUUGCCUUGGGACCACGAGUGGUGGGAAAAAGAUAAAGAGUUCGACGGGUAACACAGAGCGUCGCCUCAGACCUAGAGAAUGGUACAGUGAUGAGAUCUUGGAACAGCUUAACCGUUUGGAUUUUGCUCCGUUCGGGAAAAUAGUUAGUUGGACUAGACCUUCUACACAUAUGAACUGGACGCACAAGCCUAUGUUUUUUGAGCUCCCAUAUUGGUCGAAACUCAAAUUGAGGCACAAUCUAGAUGUGAUGCAUGUUGAGAAAAAUGUAUUCGACACAUUGGUUGGCACGAUUCUAGAUAUCGAGGGCAAGACAAAGGACACGAUCAAAGCUCGUCUUGAUUUGGAAAGAAUGAGCAUACGAAGGGGUUUAUGGAUGAAUAGGGACAGUGAUAAAGCUAGAAGGGAUCUUGCAUUCUUUUAUAUGGAACCGAAUGAUAAAAAAGAGUUUCUAAACCAUGAUUGCCAUGUGUUUAUGCAACGCCUACUUCCUGUGGGUAUUCGACACCUAUUGCCGGAAGAUGUAGUGAAGCCAAUCAUGUUGUUGUCCAGAUUUUUUUCCCAACUGACGGCAAAAACAUUGCGAAAGACAAACAUGUUUCAAUUGCGCCAUGACAUUGUCCAAGUCCCAUGCAAGUUUGAGAUGAUAUUUCCUCCAGCUUUCUUCACAAGUAUGAUGCACAUGAUGGUUCACUUGCCAGAAGAGGCAUUGCUUUCUGGUCCUGUCAAUUAUCGCUGGAUGUAUCCAAUAGAAAGGCUUCUCGGAGAGCUGAAAAAAAGUGUACGCAAUAGGGAGAAGCCCGAAGGAUCAAUUAUAGAGGCUUGGGUUCAAUAUGAGUCGCUUACUUACUGUGGAAUGUAUUUAAAAGAUGUGGAGACGGCUUUUAAUCAUCCUCAUCGCAAUAAUGACGGAGAUAUGAGAAAUGAAAAACUUUCUGUUUUUGCCCAAAGCGCACGACCCUUUGGAGAUCCUGGACGAGGAGAGUCAUUUUCUAGAAAUGACAUGGAGUUGAAAUCAUCGAAUUCCCCCACUUACAGUGAUGAGUUAUAUAACUUGGCGUUUGGCCCGAUUUGCGCUGAAUGUUGUAAUGUUAACGGCGUCAAAUUUUUGGGGGCUGCACGAGAUGACAAGUUGUGUAUGCAAAACAGCGGUGUCCAUGUCUCAGGUGGAGGUGAAAGUACGGACAUUGAUUUCUAUGGCAAACUCACAAUUGUCGUGUAA